UACUCAUCUGUCGCCGCAUGCAGGAUGCCACCUCCCCUGAAGAUUCGAAACGACGGCCCCCCAAAAGUGAGGAGGCUGAGAGGCAUGUGAGAGUCUGCACGUAGUCCUUUUGGGUCUUGGCUUGUCCACCCACAAGAAAGAAGCAGGAGAUGUCCAACAGUGCGUCAGGACAUCUCGUCAGAUAGGACCACCAAAACCACUCUUGACUUUCUUCAUCUACCUUCGCUCUUCUGACUGCACCACCGAGCCUACCGAACACUAGGACACUUUUUAUUUUCUACAGCCACGAUGCAUUUUAUCAGAGGGUCACAUGCAGUCAGUCUUAGAUGCCAUUGGCCGAGCGGUGAACCGCAGGAAAUCCCAGCCCCGACAUGUAGAGAGAGUCAGUCAGCCAUUCACUUUCACACCUACCGGAAAUUUGGCAGUCACCACACCGGCCUUUGGAUUCUCUCAAGAAGCCGCUGGUUUAGACUUGGCCAAAACCAAACUCAUCCUUUAGUUAUUUAACUGUAGCAUACAAGGCAUUUAUUUUAUAUUUCAUGUGUCCAAAUGCUUUUUGAAAAAAGGGGUAGUACAGACAUUUGAGCAUUUUCAUUCUCUUGCUAUCAAAGUCAGCAAAGGCCAGAUUUCCGAAAGUCUGUAAAACAUUAUUGUGAGUGAUUAUCUUGUAGUUUGGGGUGUGUUAAAGUUUGUGCAUUUGUAAUCUGUUCAAUAUUUACAAUGGCAAAUCUUUGUGUGGUGUCAACACCGAGUUGGGCCGAGCCACAGACUCCACGAUUGUGACAUGAAAAAAAGAAUGCCUUUUAUUGUCAUUAAAUACACAUGUACAAUGAGAUUGAAAGCCGCUCCUUCUCUAGUGCAAAUGACUGUCAAGAAAAAAAAAAGAAAUCGGUGCGGUGCCUCCUGAAGUCAAUGACUAUCUCUUUGGUUUUCUGGAACAAAAUGCAACGCUAGAAAUUAGGAAGUGACUUGACAUGCUCACUGUUAGUACUCUUCUUUGUAUUUUCCAUCAGUCUGGAUGCCCAGUGGCACCAUGCUGUCUCCCACAAGUCUGCUUUGAUAGUACGACAAAUUGUUGUAGAUAUUGUUAUGUGUGUGAUGUCCUAUGUUGGUCAACCUUUUUUUUGUCCUGUUCAGCUGCAUGUGUUCUUAUUUGUGGAAGGGGAGACACACACAUCUAGUGAGGACAUGCAACAACUAACCAAUAGGACAAGAUGAGAGAGGACAGAAAAGGGCCAGGCAGGACAGGAUGUGAGAAAUGAGCAAGGCAGUGCUACUGAAGAGUGGUGCUGUGGGAUGCUUUUAUAGUGUCUCAACACCUGUAAGAACCUGAGGCUGCUGCCAUGUUGGUUUUUCCUGUUGCUGAGCUGUCGGCCGUCGCUCUCAGCCCACGACUUUUUCACCUCUAUAGGCCAAAUGACAGAUCUAUUGUUUACCGAGAAGGACCUCGUCACUUCCCUCAAGGACUACAUCCAAGCUGAGGAGGACAAGUUGGAGCGGGUCAAAAAGUGGGCUGAUAAAUUGGAAUCUUUGACGGCCACAGCGACACAAGACCCUGAGGGCUUCCUGGGGCACCCGGUCAAUGCCUUCAAGCUGAUGAAGAGGCUCAACACUGAGUGGGGGGAUCUGGAGAGCCUCGUCCUCAGCGACACCACAGAUGGUUUUAUUUCCAACCUGACCAUCCAGAGGCGGUACUUCCCUACGGAUGAUGAUCAGACUGGUGCGGCCAAAGCUCUCCUCCGUUUGCAAGACACUUACAAUCUGGAUGCCAACACCAUCUCCACAGGAAACCUACCUGGAGUGAAGCACAAGACUCUUAUGACGGCGGAGGACUGUUACGAGCUGGGAAAGAUCGCCUACACUGAUGUUGACUACUACCACACAGAGCUGUGGAUGGCACAGGCCCUGAGGCAGCUGGACGAUGGCGAGGAGUCCACUGUGGAUAAGGUGACCGUGUUGGACUACCUCAGUUAUGCCAUCUACCAGCAAGGGGAGUUGGAGCGUGCCCUGCGGUACACCAAGAUGCUCCUUGCACUCGAUCCAGAACAUCAGCGGGCCAAAGGCAAUGUGAAGUACUUUGAGUUCCAGCUGGAGAAGCAGAAAAAGGACACUGCGACGGAGAAGGAGCCUGAGAAAAAAGAGACACCAGUCAAGAAGACGACAAAGGAGAAGAAGCAGAAGAAGGACAGGAAUACCUUCACUCUGAUGCCUGAGAGGAAGAAGUACGAAAUGCUUUGUCGCGGGGAGGGCAUCAAAAUGACUCCCCGUAAGGAAAGCCGACUUUUCUGCCGUUACUAUGACAGCAAUCGCAACCCCUUCUAUCUGCUGGGACCGGUCAAGCAGCAAGAUGAGUGGGACAGUCCGUACAUCGUCCGCUUCCUCAACAUCAUCUCCGACAAAGAAAUUGAGAAGGUCAAAGAGCUGGCGAAGCCAAGGCUACGCAGGGCCACCAUCUCCAACCCCACCACGGGAGUGCUGGAGACAGCGGCUUACAGAAUCAGUAAAAGCGCUUGGCUCACAGCCUACGAAGAUCCAAUGAUUGAAAGGAUUAACCAGAGGAUCGAGGAUCUCACAGGCUUGGAAAUGGAUACAGCAGAAGAGCUGCAGGUUGCGAACUAUGGUGUUGGUGGUCAGUACGAGCCUCACUUUGACUUUGGAAGGAAAGACGAGCCAGAUGCCUUCAAAGAGCUGGGAACAGGCAACCGCAUAGCAACGUGGCUUUUCUACAUGAGUGACGUGGCAGCAGGCGGCGCCACAGUAUUCCCAGAUGUCGGCGCAUCAAUUAGACCCCAAAAGGGUUCUGCAGUGUUCUGGUACAAUCUCUUUCCCAGUGGGGAGGGCGACUACAGCACACGACAUGCAGCUUGUCCUGUGUUGGUCGGCAACAAAUGGGUAUCCAAUAAAUGGAUUCAUGAACGAGGCCAAGAGUGGCGGCGACCAUGCGGUCUAAAUGAGACUGACUGAAGCAAAAACAACACCCCCCAGGCCCUUCACCUUUUCACCCGGCCCAGAGCACCCUGCCACGGAUCACAGAUGACACAUCAUGGAUGCUUGGGGUCCAAAUGUCUCACUUCCUCCUAGCUCAAACUCCCUUUAUUUCCUCCCAGUCGUAACACUCAGAGCCCAAGAGAUUGUUUUGAAUCAGAACAGUGUUGGUGUUGCUGCAGAUAGACAGAUCCCUGAUUGCCAGAUUGUGCCUUUUUCACUCCCUUGUGUUUAUCAUUGCACUCCGUUUGACCUCCUGUUCUGUGGCUAUGCUUAAGUAGCAGAAAACACUCCCCCCUUCCCUUCACCCCCACCACUCCUGCUGGUUGGCAUUCUUAAAAAGCCUGGCUCAUUCACUCCUUUACACACCUCGCAAGUUUACACUAUUUCAUUGCAGGACAAUUUGCAAAGCGAGUGCCACUAGCUCACAGCACAUUAUACACAAGUUGGUCUUCAGAUAGCAGGGACAGCAUGAAAUAAAGAAUAGUUUGUCAUGUUUGCAAUGAAAAAGCAAUUUUAAGCAUAAUGGCUGUCUUUUAAGCAGCAUGAUGGUUGAGCAGUUAGCACAUCUGCCGCACAGUUCUGAGGUUGGGGGUUUGAAUCUCGGCUUUUGUAUUCCUGUGUGUUGGCAUUUUCUCCCCGUGCUGCUGUUGUUUAUUUUUCCAGGUACUCCCGCUUCCUCCCACAUCCCCGAAAAUAUGCAAUGAAGAUUCUAAAUUGCCCUUAGGUUUCAGGGAAUGGUUGGUUGUCUAUAUACGAAGUGUGUCAGAAAGGUUCCAGUACUGGUGUCACAAAAGAUGUAUUUCAAAUCCUUCAUUGUGGGCCAGACGAUCACCCAGCACAUCUACAAAGAGAUCCUGUGCCCUUUGCCUCACGAUGGCGCGAGCAUCUGACAGUUCCUGGCCGUACGGGAGCAACGCCCCUACUUACCUGGGCUGUCUCUUAAAUUAACAUAUCCAGUUGAAAACACAACCAACAUAAAGUCAAGAGUUUGAUGUCAAAUUCAAAGACGCUCCCAGUAGGUUUUGGUGUUUUGUUUUGCGAGGAAGAAUCAUUUUAUUUAUAUGACCCAAAACAUGUGUUAUUGUUAUGACAGUCGUCAUGUGUUAUAUUUUUUAAAGACAUUAAAAGCUGUUUUUAUGAAGUUGGA